CCUGUCAGCCUACAUGGACGCCCCCCGCUGCACCCCGCGCUGCUGCAGCCUGAAAACAACCCAGCAUAACACACAUUGACACGGUGGCUGCUAUGCACAGCGAGGGACUCAGUUAAAUGUCAGAUCAGAGAGAAAAAAUUCAAAAUGGACAGAGAAUCGAAUCUGAACCGAGCUGAGACGUUCUCCUUCGUCAACCCCUGGAUCAGAUAUUUCCUCUUCUUCUUCAGCUUCUUGUUUUGGGUUUUCUCAUUGCUGAUUGUUGGAAUCGGGGUUUAUGCCAAAGUCCAGAAAGCUACAGACACGGUGCGGGACACGUUCCUCAUCGACCCAGCUGUCAUCCUAAUUGUGGUGGGGGUGGUGAUGUUCUUCAUCACUUUCUGCGGCUGCAUCGGCGCCCUGAGAGAGAACAUUCGCCUCCUCAAGACGUUUUCCUUCACGCUGACGCUGGUCUUCCUCAUCCAGCUGGUAAUAGCAGUUCUGGGCUUCUUCCACUCUGAUCAGACCCGAGAUGCUCUGGGGAAGUUUGUGAAGAAAGCGAUCGUUCACUACAGGGAUGACCUGGAUCUGCAGAAUCUGAUGGAUUACAUCCAGAAAGAGUUUAAGUGCUGUGGAUGGAACAACUACACCGACUGGUCCUGGAACCUCUACUUCAACUGCACUCAGGAAAACCCCAGCUCAGAGCGCUGCGCCGUGCCGUUCUCCUGCUGCACGCCGGUUCCUGGAGAGACGGUGAUCAACACCAUGUGUGGUUUUGGCGUUCAGAUGCAGAAGUCCCAGGAAGUAGACGUGUCUAUCUACUCUGUGGGCUGUGCAGACAGAGCAGUGAUGUGGAUGGAGUCUCACCUGCUGCUGGUGGGAGCGCUCACCCUGGGCCUGGCCUUACCUCAGACGAGUUUUUGCGGCACUAGUGGCUCGUAUUUUUGACAGUCGGCAGACAGGAAAGAAGGCGAGGAAAAGGAGGCAAAGGUCACUGGGACCGGGAGUUGAACCAGCGACAUCCGCGUGGAGGACCAAGGCCUCCAAACGUGGGGCGUGCUAACGCCCUGCGCCGCCACAGCAGCACCGAAACGUUUCUAGUGUAAAAGAAACGCAGUGCAAAGUUCUGGAGAAAGCAGAUCCUGAACCAACUCCUCGCAUAUAAGAUCUAUUAGUGUGGCAGUUUUUCUCCAGGCUGAUUUGUAGCACUAAUUACAUCCAGAAUCUUAGUUUUAGGAUUACAUGUGAUGCCAACAUCUGUCCUGAGUGACACACUAAUUACAGGUGUGCAUUCAGAGCUUAUCCUUGAAUUAGCAACAUUCAUUAACCGUCUGAACAUAAUUAUAUCCUGGCUGCAUUAAGGAAUAUGACUACUCCAUAUUCAUAACCUUUGAAUGUUCCCACAUUUUAUACUACAAACUCAAAUGUAUUUUUUUGGGAGUUUAUGCCCAGUUGACACAGAACAGAACAUUUACAACUGAAAAUACUCAAAUUAUCAGAGUCACAAAAGGGCUUGAAUUUCUUUCCACUUAGCAGAUCAACACAAAGUGCCAGAAAAAUGUGACGAAAACUCCUGAUAAAGGAGCUCUGGCAUGAAAACAUUUGCAAUGCUCUGUAAGCUGGUCGAGGUUUCUUUGUGAAUUGUGAACAAGCAAGUAAAAGCAGAAGAGAAACAUGUAAUAAGUGGCCAGUUGAACAUUACCGGCCCAGUUUGUGAUGUUGUUUGUUGUCAGACUUCAUGGCGGCGUGAAUGAGCAGCUGGUUGAACAGAUCUCUCUGGAAGAAGCAGUGGAAAAAGCCAUUAGUGAAUGCAAACCUCUGGCUCCACCACAGCAGAGCUUCUGCUCCGCAAACAUCGUUCACUGCAGAGAACUCGUCUGAACAUGGAAGAUAAAAUGCAUCAGUGUCCAUCACAAAGAUUUAUUAUUCAUAUGAUGGUGCACUGCGCUCUGCAUCCUCACAUCACAUGAAGCACAGCAGGCUUUACUUCUGGAAAAAUUAUACAGCAGAUUUCAGUGUUUUCCUUAAGAAAACAACAUGAUCAUAGAGGGGGAAAACCCUCUGGGUGAGAAGUUAAGAGUGGAGCGUUUGCUUUGUUUUUAGACUUUUCACUGUUAAACUGAUCCUGUCUGUUACCUGAGCA